AGAACGAGAAUUUAUCGAAGCCAGGCGUAGGCCUACGCAAAUUGCCUAGAACUCUAGACCCUGGAUCUGACAAACAUUUACAAAUAAAAUUUCACUAUAUAGUGAACAAUAUGAUCAUGGUAAUAUUCGCAGUUUCUCCAAGAGGAUUUGUAGAAGUAGACUUAGGCGUUUGCGGAAUUGGACUUUCUUACGAACGUCACAAAGAUUUUUCGUUUUCUUCACUAUAUUUGUACGACAAAGUGACAUUUUACUUGCGUUCUCCAAGAGUAAAACCUAAGAUCACAGCUUUCCUGUACUCCUUUUCAUUAACUUUAUGGAUUUGCAUAUUAUUGUCUUUACCCAUUACUUCUUUCAUCGUCUAUUUACUCUCAAAAUAUUACUUUAAAUCGCAUCGAAAAGAGCAAAGCUUCUUUUCUAUUCUCUGGUCUCUCUUCAGCAGUUUGAUAUAUCAAGAAAGCAGCAAUUAUUUGUGGAUUCUUACUCCAUUUCGCUUGAUAUUUGGUGUCUGGUUAAUUUAUUCUUUAAUAAUUACCAGUAGCUACAGCGGUACAUUAGUGUCGUUACUGACUCUACCCUCCUAUGAAUAUUAUCCACGAAACUUUAUUCAGUUGGCUGAAGCGUGCCGUUUAAAUCUUUACGAAUGUGGAGCUGUACGAUCACAGAUAGUUCAUCAGAAGAUUAUGAAUGGUCAGACGGAUUUGGAAAAGUCUUUAGCACUUUCCAUGAUCAGAAACAAAGAGAAUGAAGUAGAAACCCUACAAGAAGGUUUUGAACGAGUUUUAAAACGUAAUUUUGCAAUUAUUAUUCCCAAAGGAGUUACUCAAAAUUAUGUUGCCCAGUUUGGUGAUGAUGUUGUUACUUCCGACGAUUUUCUUUAUGGGUUAUAUGCUGGCAUGGUCUUUCACAAGAAUUCUUCAUUCGGAGAGCGAUUAAAUAACAUAAUUAAUCGUUUGUUGGCAACAGGAAUUUUACAGAAAUGGAUGGAAGACGACUUUGCUACACGUAUAAAUCACCGCAAAGACAUUGAGGAUCAUGUGAUCAAGAUGGAACAAUUGCAAGUCGACCCCCCUAUAACGUGGCGAAAAAAUUGUAGCAGUAUUCGUAAAAAGUGACUCAUAAAACGUCAUCGCCGACCCCUGUUGUGACAAGAUUGAUCGAAUCUGAAUCAAUAGUGAACGAGCAGCCGAACUACU